AUGCAGCCCGCCCUCGAUCCCCACAGUAAUGCUCGUUCUAAUCUUCCCGUCCCAUCCACCGUGAAGAAACCCGCGCAUGGAGGGCGCAUGUCUAUGGCAGGGCCCGCCAUUAGGGGACCUUAUCACGCAAUAGGACAAGUUCCAGGAACUAAUCCGCGAGCACCCAUGAUGCGCUCUCAGAACGUCAAUCCGCUGCUGCAAAGCGCGAGCAAACCAAAUUAUGGCCGUACACCUCUGCACAGCACGCGUCGAGGGUCGAUGUGGGUGGGGCCUGGGCAAGGGGCCGCGCAAGGGAGCGGGAAAGGAUCUACAAAGGACAGCCGUCCUCUACGAGAUAGACAAUUCCAAGCCAAAAUGCGCCAGGAUAUUGUCACAUGGAUGAUCGAUAAUGGACUUGAGAUACAAAGCGGUGUUCUUCAAAGUAUACGAAGCGAUGAGUUUCGCAGAGUUUUCCAGCAGCUGGUUCAACUAUUGGAUCCCCAGUGGUCUUUCAAGCCAGAGCAGAAAUUUGACGAGCAGUUUGUGCAGCCUUUGAAGGCAUUCCGAUAUCCAUAUCUAGGCCAAAUCGAUCUCAAGAUUCUCGCAACCCCAGGUGCGAUGCAUGCCUGGCCGUUGUUGCUGGGAGUGCUACACUGGCUCGCGGAACUAGGCAAGGCGCGAUUCCAUUAUGUGCAAAGUGGAGACUUGACCUUGCAGGAUUCGUCGCAAGUGCCUGACGAGUUUGACGACAUCAACCACCACCAAGCUCUCGCGCUGGAUCAUUACACGCGCGCUUAUAGCAUUUUUCUGCAAGGCCAAGACUUAUUCCCGGAACAAGAAAGAAUAUUGGAAGAAUAUUAUGCAAAGAAGGACGAACGAAUCGUUACGCAGUUAGAUCAGCAGAAAGAAGAGUUGAAACAUGUUAAUCUUGAAUUGGAAUCCCUCGAAAAGGCACCACCACCCAUUCAAGACUUGCAGAAGGACAAUGGGUUCAUCAAGCGGGAUAAAGCGAAAUUCGAAGAGAUCCUGCGACGAUGUGAGUCGAAGAAGAAGAAACUGGUGGACACCUUGGCGCGAGAAAAAGCAGAGCUCGCCUACUGUGUCGCUAAUCUGGAAAAACUUCAGGCGGAGGAAUCGAGGCUUGCUGAAGUGGUCAAAGAACAAAAUUUAUCUCCGGAAGAGGUCAUUCGCAUGAACACGGAACAUGAGACACUUACUCGUGAUCUCGAGACGCUCAAGCACAAAAUCACCGAGACGAAUCAGCUGGUAGUGAAACUCGAAGUUUCCCUAACGAGAAAAGUGUCGGAUACAGAAGACGCGCUCGACGCAUACAGCAAUCUUCUCUCUAGCUUGGGACUUUUUCCUCCCCUGCCGCCGCCUCUAGAAGAUGUCGAUCUUGCAUUGGACCUCAAUUCAGCUGCAUCAAAUCCACAACUCCUCUUGACAGGUGCAGAUAUCAGGAGGGUGGUCAAGCCCACUCUCAGUCGUGUGGCUGAAAUGAGACGUACGGAACGUGCCGAUGUAGAAAGCGAACGGAUCAAAGUUGACAACGACCUGGAUCAGCUGACGCUGGAGUGCGAGAAUAUGGACGAAGAAGCCUUGGAGAUCAGUAACAAGGUCAACGGACUUAGCGAUCAAGCCGAUGAGCUGCGAGAGGCGGCGCAACAGGAAGCCUUAGUGAGUAACGCCGAAGCUUCACGACUGGAACGGGAUCUUGCCCAAGCCCGCACGGCUGCUAUGGCCAACGGCGUGGGGGUAAAGUCUCGGCUACAAGCACUGCAAAUUGCGUAUCGAGAACAGAUUGAUAAAGUAAAUCGGCUCAAGGAUGAGACCAUGCGGGCCAUCAUCAAGAACAGCAGCGACACUGUCAUGUUCAAGGAGGAGGUCUCGAAGCAGCUCAAACAUCUGCGUGAUUUUGCAGAGUCCAAUUAG